AUGUUGUUGGUCAGGUUGUGACCUAUGAAGAUGUUAAGACCUACAAGCAAGGAGACGACCAAAGUGUCUUUAUUAAUGUUGUAGUCGAAGAUGAUCAGAGGAACAGGAUAUUGGCAACCUUAUGGAGCGAACUUCCUGUUCAGGUCUGUGACCAGUGCCCCAACGUGAAGUUUGAAAGGGAGGGCUAUCACAUUACUGUGGACAUUGAGAAAGGAACGCGAGAUGGUCAGUCUAUUGACUUUAAAUCCAGAUUACUUGCAGCACGUCAAUCAAACAUUGAGCGAAUCACUCGAACAAGUUCUCAGCAAAGUUACUCUGUUAGAGAUGAGUUAGACAAAGGAAUUGUAUUGUUUAAAACUAUUAGGGAUUUAGUUCAGUGCACGCAAGAAUGUAGCUAUUGGAUUGCGGCAAAAUUGGUUAAUUUGGAACUUGACCGGGGAUGGUCAUACUUGGCAUGCAACAAGUGUAGUCGAAAGGUCAAAAAAGUUGGAAAUAAAUACUUUUGUAAAAAAUGCAAUGAAGAAGAAUUUUCAGUUACUCACAG